ACGCAUUUAGUGAAGAAACAGCCACGAAAAAUUUCACGAUAGAUCACGGAUAUCUCAUAGUUAUUGUUGUUUCUACUUGCGAUAAAAAAAAAUUUAGCGAGAAACGUAAAUUUUAUUUUAAUGUGUCGAUUUAAAGAAUUAAAUUCUUCCCUUUCCUUUUCUUUUUUGCGCAUUUUUCUAUUUUCCUUUAACACGCGCGCAUCGCGGUAUUACAUUUAUCAGGAAAAGAAAACAGAAAGAGAAGCACAUUGCACGUCGUGUUAACACAAUUAAGGACACAUAAUCAAGCGCUAACUGUACAAGCUGUACAACCCGUAUAGGGUCACAAAGAACCCUGGCGGAUAUCGUCGUUGGAUCGGAUCCAGACAGUUUUAUUAUAAGAUGCAAUUUAUCACAAAUAGCAAGUAUCUUAAUAAACUUAAUAAGUAUACGUACCGUUUGAUUAGUUGGUCAAACCGACGUGUAUUUGUCUAUUUAUUAUUUAUGCGCGCGAGACGCGUACCCGUGUUGUAAUAAGUACUCGUGCUCGUCACGUGUUGUGACGAUCUAUAAUUAUCGAAGUUGUACGUUCGGAAAAAUACAAAGGACAGUUAUAUUCUUCGAACGUAUUGAUUCGAUACUUUGUCCGGCGACAUAGGCUCCGAGGGAAAUUAGACAACAAUGUUGUGUUGGCGUAGAAAAACCGCGUUUAAGACCAUGGAACCUGACCGGAGUUACUAUUACGAUAUUAACAGAAGAUACUUGUCGGUGAUCGGUCAGUGGCCUUAUCAGAAGAAGAGACUGCUCUACUUUGUGUCUUUCAUCUUGCUGGAGUCGACUCUUAUCGUUGCCCAGAUCAGGGAUCUGACAGAUCACUUAUUCUCAGACUGGAAUAUGCUUGAAACUCGAGAAGAAUACGACAUUAUGAGACAGUACGCCGAAAGAGGCAGACAAUACGCGUUAAUGUACGGAAUAUUUAUUCAUACGGGCACCAUUUGCUUUGCGACAACAGCCCUUGUGCCACGCAUCUUGGACGUCCUGUUUCCCCUGAACAUCUCUCGUCCGAUAAUCCUAAUAUGUCCGGCGUAUUAUUUCGUCGACGAAGAGCAAUAUUUCUACUAUAUUUUCUGCCAUACAUUAACCGUCGCUGCGGUAUGCUUAACCGGACUAAUUGCGCACGAUUGCAUGUUCUUUACUUACGUCGAACACGUCUGCGGUCUUUUCGCUGUGGUUGGAUUUAGAUUCGAACAUGCGGUGUACAAACGUAGUAAAACGAAGGAGUGUCUACGUGAUUACUCUGACGUGUACUGCAAAAACAUUGAGUUUUCAAUAUUCGGACAUCAAAGAGCUCUGCAGUUUGCGAUACUUCUCGAAGAUGUUUUUUACGUGUCGUUCGCCGUUCAAAUUUUGAUAGUGUCAACCGGCCUAAGUAUUACUCUGGUACAAAUGUCAAUGCAGAUACACGAUAACAAUUUAACAGAGGCUCCGAGAUACAUUGUCUUCAUUAUCGCCCAGGUGUUUCAUGUGUUCUUGUUCAGCUUCGAAGGACAGAAGUUGAUAGAUCAUACUCUCAUAAUGUGCAACAAGAUAUAUAAUGGCUCGUGGUACGAUAUACCCGUAAAAGCGCAACGGCUGUUUCUAUUCGCGAUGAGGAAAAGCAUCGAAGUUAACACUUUGAGCGCCGGCAAAAUAUACGUGUUUUCGCUAGAAAAUUUUACUACGCUCUUACAAACCUCAGUGUCAUACUUUACAGUAUUAGUAUCAACCAAUUCUUUCGACUAAUCUUGAACGACGACCGAUAUGAUCAUCACAAAUAUAUUAGUAUAUUUUUUUGUGUGUGUUUGGAGAAAAAAACAUUUUGAUGAAGAGAAACUACAGAAUGUCAUCCGACUGUAAUGUCAUAUGUAUAUGGAAUAUAAUUAAACUGUAUUUUCUUAUCAAUAGUAUUAAAAACUAAAACACAAAAUUUACUUGAACUUUUUAUGUAAAGAACGUGUAUUCUCGGAAGAAAAACGAAAAAUAUAUUAUUCAAUAUAGGUUUUAAAUAUUUUCUCUUCUUUUGUUUUAUACACAUGAAACGUGAGAUGAAAAAAGAACUACCAGACAUAUAUAUAUCUUCGGUGCUGAUUUAUUUUUUCUUCUGUCUUAAAGUAAGUUAUUGUUAUUGCAAAUCAACAAAUCUUAGUAAUGGACUAGGUUUUAUUCUUGCAUCUAGAGAUUACAUAAUAUAUAGUAACGUCAUUAGUGUGAAGUUAAAUUGUGAAAACGAGUUUAUAUUUUCAAAUCGCCAACUGGUUCGAUUUAAAGUCAAGCAAAAUAUUUAUUUCGAACAAAUGUGAUUUGUUGUGAAACAGUGGUAUUACGCUUAUCAACGGAUUUUUGAUAUUGCUAAAAAAAAAAAAAGAACAAAACAAAAAACGUAGAAUCGUUAAGCGUGCUUGAAUAAAUAAACCUUACGAUGACCUUGCUCUCUCAACGUUAGUAAAAUUUGUUUUUUUUUUCUUUUAUGUGCAGGAUUUUUGUAAAAGUGUUUUUCCACAUACACAACCGAAAGAAAAUCAUGUUACAGCAUUAUAACCGUCGCGUAUACCACACUGAAUAUUUUACGACAUUUUCGGAACCGCCAAUUCUUAUAAAUGGAAAAGUGUUCCAAGACUUCUUUCUGAAGAUUACAUAGAUUUAACAAUCUUGUAAUAUAUAUAUAUAUUUCUCUCGGAUGCGUCUUACAAUUUAAUGAGAUAUGUACGUGGAUAUAUGCGCACGUGAAUUCGCAAACUCGCGUGACACGCAAGACGCAAUGUUUCUUAAUACACGCAAACAUCUCGUAUUUUCAUCGUACAUUUAACUGUAUACAUAUAUACAUUCGGUUGUUU